AUGAUGUCGUCUGACCUAUCUUCCUCCCAUGAUGCUUGGGCAAGCACACCGCCCAAGGUGACGAGACCAAAUCCAUGCUGUGAACCUCUGAACCUCCUCGGCGAGUACAUGUUUCUCGGCUUCGUGGCUAUUUUGGGAAUCACUUGCGUGUUGCUCUACAAGUUGAUUCUGUGGUUAUUCCACAUAGAGAUAGACUUUGGACAACCAGCCUGGCUUCAGUGGCUUCAACGACCUGAGAAGCAAGACGUCAACACCUGGCUCAACGGCCAAAAGUCAAUCAUCAACUUUUCCUUCGCUGGCGUUUCGAAGCCACAAGACACCCUCCACCUUCGUGCAGCAGCCAACGAGAAUAUUGCCCUGGCCUUCAACAUCACCAAUUCUUUAACUACCGCUUCAACUUCGACCCACAAGAAUUUCCUGAAAAUGGCCUCUGGUAUCAUCAACCAUCCAGGCCGAGACUGGAUCAAGCUCUUUGAGAAAGCCACUUCCACUCUCACAGCUGAACUCCCCCGCGACACAAGCCAACCCCUUCACCUAGCAGAAGCCACCCGAAUAACCUGCCUCAAAGUCGUGCUCAUCGAUAACUUUCAGAUCUCUUCGGACAGUUUGCCACGGGACUCACUGGUCAUCAUCACCGACGAAAUCAACAACCAAUGGCUCAAAGCCAAGUCGUCUUCGGAGAAACCCGUGAUAUCAUCGCUUCUCAUCCACCACCUCACUGCCCUACAACGCAGGGACCCCCGGUGUUUAUGCUGGCCAUUCGACCAACUAAACCCGGAGGAAAUCCUCAGUAUGAUCAUGCCCCAAUAUGAAACACUCUGGCGCGUCGUCAUGGUCACUUACAUCCUCGCCUUUCACCUCUAUCCUUCGCCUACCCUUCCAUCAAGGAUCUCUUCUGUUCCCGAGUGUCUCGGGACGAAUUCUCUCGAGGAGAGGGAGGCCCUCAAACUGGCAAAAGAAGGCCUCCGCCUCACCCCCUCCAACAAACGCAUCUACCGCCACACCCCCUCCUCCUCCUUCAAGAUCAAAGCCGACCUCGAACUCAUGCACCGGCACCCCUCCAUCUGGGGUCCCACCGCCCUCGAGUUCUCCCCCUCCCGCUUCGACAACCUCAGCCCCCUCCAAACAGAAGCCUACCUGCCUUACUCCCUCCGCCCCCACCGCUGCCCAGCCUUUGGGGGGUUCGGAGACCGGAUGGUGACUUGUCUUGUUGUUGCCAUGGGUCGAGUCCUCGACACAAAAGCUGGCAAGGUCUUCAACACUGAACCGACAAAGAGGGCUGGGGUGGUUGAUACAGGGAGGGAUGGGUUGGAGGGGUGGAGAUACCAAAGAGGGUAA